GCUCGGCAGCUCGGCUCACCUCACCGCACCGCCUAGGAAGCUUCCAAGUAAAAUAAUGUCAGGCUCCAGCUCCACCGCCUGCUGCCGCUUCCCCGUGCUCCUCGUCCUGCUCCUCUUCCUUCUCCUCGCCGGCGAGGGCCGCUCCCAGCCCGCCGCCGGCGACCGCGACACCCUGCUCGCCGUCAAGAAGGAUUGGGGCGACCCCCCGCAGCUCAAGUCCUGGGACCCCGCCGCCGCCCCCGACCACUGCAACUGGACCGGCGUCACCUGCGCCACUGGCGGCGGCGGGGCCGUCACGGGAAUCACCCUGUCCCGCCUCCACCUCACCGGCUCCGUCCCGGAGUCCGUAUGCGCGCUCAAAAGCCUCGCCCGCCUCGACCUCUCCUACAACAACCUCACCGGCGCCUUCCCCGGCGCCGCGCUCUACGCCUGCGCGGCGCUCCGCUUCCUCGACCUCUCCAACAACCAGCUCUCGGGGCCGCUACCGCGCGGCAUCGACGGCCUCUCGCCGGCGAUGGAGCACCUCAACCUCUCCACCAAUGCCUUCGCCGGGGAGGUGCCGCCCGCGGUGGCUAGGCUCGCGGCGCUCAAGUCCCUGCUGCUCGACACCAACCGCUUCGAGGGCGCCUACCCGGCGGCCGGGAUAAGCAGGCUCGGCGGGCUCGAGGUCCUCACGCUGGCCGACAACGCGUUCGCGCCGGCGCCCGUGCCCGCGGAAUUCGCCAGCCUCACCAACCUCAGCUACCUCUGGAUGGACAGAAUGAACCUCACCGGGGAGAUCCCGAAGGCCUUCUCCAGCCUCACGGAGCUCACGGUGUUCUCGUUGGCGUCCAACCAGCUCACCGGCUCGAUCCCCGCGUGGGUGCUGCAGCACGGGAAGCUUCAGAACAUCUACCUCUUCGACAACAGCCUCUCCGGCGAGCUGCCGCGCAACGUCACGGCGGCGAACCUGGUUGAGCUUGAUCUGUCGUCGAAUCAGCUCACUGGAGAGAUUCCGGAGGACUUCGGGAAGCUUAAGAACCUCGGCUUGCUGUUUCUUUACAAAAACCAGCUCACCGGCACAAUCCCGGCGAGCAUUGGGCUGCUCACGCAGCUCAAGGACGUCCGGUUAUUCAACAACCGGCUCUCCGGCGAGCUCCCGCCAGAGCUCGGCCAGUACUCGCCGCUCGGCAACCUCGAGGUGAGCAACAACAACCUCUCCGGCCCACUGCGGGAGGCGCUCUGCGCCAACGGGAAGCUCUUCGACAUCGUCGCCUUCAACAACAGCUUCUCAGGCGAGUUCCCCGCGAAGCUCGGCGACUGCGUCACGAUAAACAACCUCAUGCUCUACAACAACCGCUUCUCCGGCGACUUCCCGGCGAGGAUAUGGUCAUUCCCGAAGCUGAACAUGGUGAUGAUCCAGAACAACAGCUUCACCGGCACGCUGCCGUCAGAGAUCUCCUCAAACAUCUCACGGAUUGAGAUGGGAUACAACAUGUUCUCCGGCUCCUUCCCCGUGCUGGCAACGGGGCUGAAGGUGUUCCACGCGGAGAACAACCGGCUGGCCGGCGAAUUGCCGUCUGACAUGAGCAAGCUCUCCAACCUUACUGAUCUGAUAGCACCCGGCAACCGGAUCACCGGCUCCAUUCCGACAUCGAUCAAAUUGCUGCAGAAGCUCAAUACGCUGAACCUGAGCGCCAACCGGAUUUCCGGCGCGAUACCGCCGGGGAGCAUCGGGACGCUCCCAGCACUGACGACGCUUGAUCUGUCCGACAAUUUGCUCACCGGCGGCAUCCCAUCAGAUAUAAGCAACCUGAUCAACGCGCUCAACCUGUCAUCGAACCAACUCACCGGCGAGGUGCCGGUUCUACUCCAGAUCGCGGCGUACGACCGCAGCUUCCUCGGCAACCCCGGGCUCUGCGCGAAGGCGGGCUCGGGCACAAACCUCCCGACGUGCCGGGGCGGCGGCAGAGGCGCCCACGACGAGCUGUCCAAGGGCCUGAUCAUCCUCUUCGCGAUGCUCGCCGGCAUCGUCCUCGUUGGUAGCAUCGGCAUCGCCUGGCUGCUCUUCCGGCGCCGGAAGGAGAGCCACGAGGUGACGGACUGGAAGAUGACGGCCUUCACCCAGCUGAACUUCACCGAGUCGGACGUGCUGAGCAACAUCCGCGAGGAGAACGUGAUCGGCAGCGGCGGGUCCGGGAAGGUGUACCGCAUCCACCUCGGCCGCGACGAGGAGGGCGCCGGCAGGAUGGUGGCCGUGAAGAGGAUUUGGAACUCGAGGAAGGUGGACGAGAAGCUGGACAAGGAGUUCGAGUCGGAGGUGAAGGUGCUGGGCAGCAUCCGGCACAACAACAUCGUGAAGCUGCUCUGCUGCAUCUCCAGCCAGGAGGCCAAGCUGCUGGUCUACGAGUACAUGGAGAACGGCAGCCUCGACCGGUGGCUGCACCACCGGGACCGCGAGGGCGCGCCGGCGCCGCUGGACUGGCCGACCAGGCUGGCCAUCGCCAUCGACGCGGCCAAGGGGCUCAGCUACAUGCACCACGACUGCUCCCAGCCGAUCGUGCACCGCGACGUCAAGUCCAGCAACAUCCUGCUCGACCCGGACUUCCAGGCCAAGAUCGCCGACUUCGGGCUCGCCCGGAUCCUUGUCAAGUCCGGCGAGCCGGAGUCCGUGUCGGCCAUCGGCGGCACAUUCGGGUAUAUGGCUCCAGAGUAUGGGUACAGGCCGAAGGUGAAUGAGAAGGUGGAUGUCUACAGCUUCGGCGUCGUCCUGCUCGAGCUGACAACCGGCAAGGUCGCCAACGACAGCGGCGCCGACAUGUGCCUGGCGGAAUGGGCGUGGCGGCGGUACCAGAAAGGUGCCCCGUUCGACGACGUCGUCGACGAGGCCAUCCCGGAGCCGGCGUACAUGCAGGACAUCCUGUCGGUGUUCACCAUGGGCGUGAUCUGCACGGGGGAGAACCCGCUGACGCGGCCGUCGAUGAAGGAGGUCCUGCACCAGCUCAUCCGGUGCGAACAGAUCGCCGCCGAGGCGGAGGCGUGCCAGGCGGACUACGAGGGCGGCGGCGCGCCGCUCCUCGAGUCGAAGAAGAAAGGCAGCCGGCGGCGGAGCAUGUCUGACUCCGGCCGGUGGAACGACGGCGACGACGAGGACAGCGGCAACUUCGUGGUGCACGUCGUGUAGCCAGAUGUGCGCCGGCUUUACAAGUAUAAGAGAAAUUCAGGUGCUCCUUCCGAGUGUACAUAGCUCUGCUGCAAGCUCUUCCAUUCCAUGGCAGAAUUUCGGCUCUGCCGACCAGGCAGCUGAAGAAGCCCGGUCCGCCAUGGUCAUGGUGCAAGGACGAACAACGAAGUACAGUACAUAUGGAUCAUCGAGGAGGCUGUAAAUUAGCAGCAAAACCAAAAGGCGAACUCCAAUUACCAAGAACGAAGUUCUUGGUGGAGAUGUUGGAUACUUGGAUCGGCACAAAGGGCUUGUUUGGUUCGUGACCACUUAACAAGCGCCGGUAGCUCCGUCAAUAAUACACCAUGUAUCCAUUGUUUGGCUGGCAGUAAGCCAGUUUUUAGCAUUAACUGAUUACUGAUAGCCUAGUUCUAAAGAAGCAAACGACGUGAUGCAGAUUGUAAAUACAGGAUCCUUGACCUGUUUUCAGUUCUCUGAAACUUUGGGGCACUUUUUGGAGGUUUCAGAAAACUGGAGGCCACACAAUCUCUGGAGAAAGAUCAAUGAGUCGGAGGCA